CGCAUGCGCACUGACUAUUUACCUGUCAGAGAAACUGGAACUUUUCGGAAGUUAUUUUAUAAACACAUUAAAAGGUCAAGUAUUGGCAGUGGCUCUUAAGCAUCGACAAAGAGAAGCAACCAUUCCUCAGUUCUAGAAGUUACUGUAGUUAAAGUGUUGGUAAAAAUGCCCUCCUUUUGAUCAUUGGAAGAAGUGAGUGUUACCAUUCAUGAAACAGUGUGAGUUGUGCAGCCAGUGAUGGCUUGAGGAUUACUGUUGGAUUUAAGUAUGUGACACUAGUAGGUGAGAGCAGCAGCAAGGAUGUCGAAGAAGGAGCACAAGCCGUCCAAGAUGAAGAACCUGUUCAGGUUCAGGAAGAGCACCACAGAUUUGUCCGAGUGGAGCAAGAAUGAUGAGAAAUUGAUGAAGGCUACAGAAGGCAAUGAUGCAGCCAAAAUUGAUGAGCUUUUGCGCAAGAAAACACUUAACCCUACCAAGUUGGGGCCCAAAGGUCUCUCUGUGUUUCAUGUGGCAUGUACACUGGGCCAUUAUGAGGUGGUAGAGCUGCUUAUCUCUCAUGGAGCCGAGGUGAACGUCCUUUCCAUACAGGGCAAUACAUCAGUGCAGAUAGCAGCCAGGGAUGGUCAUCCUAAAAUCCUUGAGAAACUCAUUGAGGCUGGGGGUGUGAUUGACCACAAGGAUGGGAUGAGCCUUACCGCCCUGCACCAUGCAUGUGUACGUGGCAAACUCAACUGUGUACAGAUCCUGCUCAAACAUCGGGCAGACCCAAAUAGCAGGGACAAGACGGGCAAGCCUCCCCUGUUCUAUGCAGCAUUUUCGGAGGACCUGCCCAUUUGUAAGGAGCUGGUAGAACAUGGCGCCAAUGUCAACUUCUGUGAUGAAAAUGACAUCACUCCCCUGAUGGCUGCAGCUAAAAAGGGUAGUGUGGAGAUUUGUGAGUUUCUGUUGAGGAAAGGGGCCAAUGCCAGAAGCAAGGAUAAAUCAGGUAAUGAUGCCUUGGCAUAUGGGAUGGAUUCUGGUUUCACCGGUCUCCAGGAGGUGUUUGACCGGGCUCCUACUACUACCGCCUGGUCUGUGACGCCAGCAGAGGGCGCUCCAGCCAAGGCAGAGGAGGCUCAAGCAGAUAAAGUUGAAGAUUCCCUUCCUGUGCCCGUGGCCGAGAUUCCAGAUCACUCAGGGGAGACAAAUAAGGAGAACAUGGUUGCCAAGUUUAGGCCUGAACUAACCCCUGAGAUGCCCCACAAGGAGACACCAGCCCCUGAACAGUCGGAGGAAGAGGAAGAUGACGAAGCUGUUGCGUUACGGGCCGCAGGGCCGCCUCAAGCUAUUAUAGACCAGCGCACACUAGAGGCCGUCAAGGCUAUGAAGAAAAGGGACCUGGAGGAAGAGAAUGCGUCAAUGAAUGAGGACCUGAAGCGUCUCGUUGGGGAAAACAAGCGUCUCCAGGAGGCUUACACAACUCUCAAGAAGCAACUAUCCACCCCAGCUCCUCCACCUGUGGACGUGGAGGAGGUGAAGGAGCUGGAGGACGAACUUACAUCCCUCAAGAACCAGCUCACUGAGGAGCAGGACAAAAAUGUGCGACUCAUUGACCGCGUACACAAGAUAAAGAAAAAGUUUGGAAUCACUAGUGAGAGUGUUGGUGAUUCGGGUGAUGACAGCUGGAACGACAGUGAUGAGGAACUCUUCGACUCAUCCUCGUUACGUAAGCCAGCGAUAGUUGACCACAAGCCCCAAACACUGCUGCUGCUGCAGAAUCAAGUUGCGCAACUCAAGCAGGACAACAGGCAGCUGAGAGACAGACUUAAGAAAAAUGGCACUAUAAGUGCCCCAACAUUGUUUGGUCGAGCAACGGGCAGUGUGUCAUCUCUGGCCUCCCUAGACGAGCUAUCGGAGGGAGAACGACUACGCAGAAAGCUUGAGGAUGCCGAGAAUGACAAACUCACUCUCCAGAAAAAGCUGCAGGAGAGCAAUGUUUUCCCUGAGGACCAGCUUCAGAACAUGCAGGUGCUAGAAAAGGAGAACUCUAGUCUCCAUUCAGAGGUGAAACAGCUACGCAUAGAAGUCACCAGUCUCCGACAGGAGAAGCAGGCCAGCACCGGGGAAGGCGGGGAACACAGUGCAAUCAGUACGGAGAACAGUAGUGCUGCAGAGGUAGAAAACCUUAAGAAGGAAAGUACAAACUUGAAGGCUGAGAAUGAGUUGUUAAAUGAGGAGUUGGAAUCUUUACGAGAGACAUACAGUAAACUUGUGGUAGCAGGGGAUAAUUUACAGGACAUGUAUGAUACAUUAGUUACUGAAAAAGAACAGCUUGAGAAGGACUUCACUGAAAAUGAAACAAUAAAGCAGCAAUUAGCUAAGGAGAAUGAGUAUCUUCUUGCGGAUGGAAAUUCUAUGCAUGCAGACAUUGAUAGUUUAGUUGCAGAAAAUGAAGCUUUAGUUAAAAAUAUGAAGGAACUAGAGAAAAAGUUAUCUCAAGGUGGAAAAGCGAGUGACUUUGCACGAGUGACGGAGGAGCGGGACCAACUACUGGAGAGGGUGGAGGAGCUAGAGGGUGCCUCUGCAGAGCUGAAACAGAACUAUGAGGUUCUGUGUGAGGAAGUUGAGAGCCUGCAAACUAGUGUCCAGCAUGCCCAGUACGAGAGGGACCAGAUACAACAGGAGUUUGACUCACUGCAGGAUGAGUUUGAGGGAGUGCAAGUGUCAAGUGAGGCCCUGCAGCAAGACUACAGCCAGCUGGAGCAUGAGUAUUCAUCUCUGCUUGCAGACAAAGAGAAAUUAGAACAGGAGUAUCUGGAUGUACAGACGGCCAGCGUGGCCAGCGUCAGUCUGGAGCACCACAGCCCUGCUCUCGCGGAGGAGCGUGAUCGUCUCCAGCAGGACCUCGCAGACAUUGCCAUGGAGAAGGAACAAUUGGAGAUGACCACAAGCGAACUGUCAAAGGCAAACGCCCUCUUGAAUGAAGAGCUAAGUACACUGAAGGAUUCUCUCAAACUGAAUGAGGAUGGCAAAGAUAAGGCCUCCACUGGGGACAAGAAAGCUGAAUCUGUGCCCACUGUCAAUGGGGAUGUUAAGACCACUGAUGAUGCCCAGAAAGUGUCAAUUGAUGCUGUAGUGGAAAAAGACAGGCGGAUACGCUCUCUCCAGAUACAGAUAUCAAGACUGCAGCAACAGAUUGCUGACCAAGAUCGCCACUUCAAGGAGGUAAUCAGCACGUACAGGACCCACCUUCUCAGUGCUGUACAGGGCCAUAUGGAUCCUGAUGUAAAGCAGGCACUGUACAACAUUAUAGAGCUGCGCAGUAUGGAGCAGUAUUGCUGACCACUGUGGACACUCACUGGACUUCACAUAGUGCUUGAGGCUGACCACAUAUGACCACCAGACUGGACACUCCCACUGCCAUCCCCUAGCUAGCCUGAGUGGACUCGUACACAAAAAUGCCGUACAUAACAUAAAUCUAUAUGUAUAUGUAAGCCAGUGUCAACAGUUAUAAGUUAUAAUAGCAGGAGUGUUAAUCAGAUGAAAAGACAAACCCCUUGACCCUGUGGUCAAUGCAUAAUAUUCCAUAAUACAUUCCAGGUUGUAUUACCGGUAAAGAACAUAUGCAACUGAAUUGCACUAGAAGUGUGUCAUUUUUAUGUUUUGUAAUAAACAGACCUGAAACAUUCAUUGCCAUAACUCAAUCAUAUCAUAUAUAGUUUUUAUAGGAUGAUCCAUUGACAUUGAUAUUGAAGAAAUUGUCUACUUUUGAACAAGAACUCUUCUUGUCAAAUCAUUCCAAAAUGUGAUUACAAUAUUUAUUUGCUUAUUAUCUUGCAAGAGUAUGAUAACCAGCUAGGGCUGGUAUUAGUAAACAUCAUAAGUCAUUUCCUAACUAAGUCAUUGUCUUUAAGUUAAGUAUCUCACUCAUAUCAUAUAAUCACAUCAUUAUACGUGAACUUCUUUAUUUUCAUUGAUUUUAUUUUGAUUUUAUUUGGAAUACAUUUUUUUAUGUAAAAAAAACACACUUUUCUUUUAAUUUGCCUAUGAAAAUUUUAGGAAAUUGACUUCAGCUAAGAAACGAUUUAAGGUGUUUAUGAAAACCGCCCAAGGUCUCUAUUCAUCUGUAUGUUAUCAUUAGCAUGUAUAUACUGGUGGUUUCUCUGAUAGGUACAUCAUGCUCUGCCUCACGGCAGGUACAUCAUGCUCUGCCUCACGGCAGCCUUGUUAUGCCUAAAAAAACGUUAGUGUCUUAGUUGUUGAACAGAUAUAUAUAUAUUUAAAAAUGAAAGUACUUGUAGAUGCAUAUUUUGUACAGAUCUGAUGAACAUUUGUAGUAUCCAUCACUGCCAGUUUUGCCAUGUCAUCAACUUCUGUGUUCUAUAUUCAUGCACACAAAAAAUAAUGUCAACAUAGAUCAAAAAUAAUUAUUAAUACUUUUGAUAUCAUUUUAUUGAAGUGUUUUAUAUUAAGAGGUUAUCUUUAACUCUCUGAAAUUGACACAUAAUGUUAUAUAAGCAAUUCACAUGGACCAGCAGUGAUAUUAUCAGUUUUUUUUACUGAAGAAAGUAACAUCUAAGCUUAAAAUUUUGCUGUCAAUUAUGUAUCUGGUAUCAAGUUAUUAAUUUCUUAAUUUUUAUGUAUGGAAAAUGAAACUUGAACAUAUUUAUCUUGAAUUAUAUAUUUUUUCUGUUUUAUGAAAUUCUGAGAUAUUUUAUGCGGGAAAUCUAUAGUUUUACAGAAACAGAUUAUCUGUAAUGCAGAAAAAUACACACAGUUUUUCUAAAUUGAUAAUGGCUUGGAUGUAAUUGUUAAAUUUUAACUGUUGGAUUUUAUAUUUUUAAUAUAUUACAUGUUUUAAUUUUUACGCAUAUCACAUUGGAUGUUGGUAUUUUGAUACACAUUUUACAUGAUAUUUUAUAAUCUUGUACAUAUCUACAUAUCGUUGAAAGUUGAAUGACAUUUUAUAUUUUUCAUAUGCAUGUAUCUACUCAUUGUGUUUUACAGCUUGUAAACAUUAAGCAACAUUUUCAAACCAAUAAAACUGUUAAGCAACA